CGAGAAAGUUCCCCCUGUGGUGUCAGAAUCUCUCUAUUUCCACUCAAUUCAAACACCCCUUCCUUAUUCAACUCUCUCUCUCUUCUCAGCUAUGAAACAAGACACAACCGUUGCUUCAACAGCUGACACGUGUAAAACAAUCAUCGAAGUCGCCCGGCAACAACACCACCGUUCUCAGCAGCCAAGAGAUAUCAAGCUUUCUCCUGUCCCCACUGCCGACGAUUUUGACUUUAAAAACUUCAGUUGCGGUGAUGAAGAGGAAGACUUUUUCAUUCCUCCUCUCAAUUUUGCUAUGGUGGAUAAUGGCAUUUUCCGGUCCGGCUUCCCUGACGUAGAUAACUUCCCUUUUCUUCAAACUCUUGCCCUUCGUUCCAUCAUAUACCUGUGUCCAGAGCCAUAUCCAGAAGCAAAUAUGGAGUUUCUCAAGGCAAAUGAUAUUCGCUUGUUUCAGUUCGGAAUUAAAAACUGUAAAGAACCUUUUGUAACUAUUCCAGAAGAGAAAAUUCGUGAAGCAUUGGGGGUUCUAAUAGAUGUAAGAAAUCACCCGGUGUUGAUCCACUGCAAACGUGGGAAGCACCGAACUGGUUGCCUUGUUGGAUGCUUGAGAAAAUUGCAGAAGUGGUGCCUAACUUCUGUGUUCGACGAGUACCAGCGUUUUGCUGCUGCCAAAGCAAGAGUGUCAGAUCAGAGGUUUAUGGAGCUUUUUGAUCCAUCCAGCUUCAAACAACAGUCGUUGUCGUUUUCGUGUUCAAAGAGGGGUAGAGCUCGUUCUCUCCGUCCGGUUCUUCAUGCCAACUAUGGUUAAACCAAGGCAGCUACUAGAAAGCAAAUUGUGCCCGUGAUGCUACCUGGUUUCUGGUUCUCUGACAAAUAUCUGUUUGUAACUUAUUAGUAUGUUAUAGUAUCUCUAAUGUAGAAGAAGCUUUAAUUAGUUGUAAGCUUGUAACUAGGAAGGUCCACAAGCAACAAGUUCUCAAUGAUGCUGUUGGUUUAGAAUAAAGGAGUCUUUUGUAGCUUUUGCAUCUUGCAACACAUUCCUGUAUUUGAUUUAAAUGCAAUGGCCUGUUUAAUUCUUA